GGGCAGUCGGAAAGACUUCUUCCGGAGGGAGACCGGAAGUCGCUUCUCCGGUUCCUAGGAGAGUUCUAGGGCGUCGUUGCUGAUCGCUCCGUGGGUGGACACUCCUAGAACGCGGCGAUGGUUCCGCCCGGCUUGGUCACGUGUCCAUCAAGAUGGCGGCGUCCAGCAGACGCUGCGCGAGGUUCGUCAGCUGACUUGUUCUCAGAGCUGUCCCGGGGAUCCGCUUCGACUUGUCCGGAGUGUUCGGAGCUUAUUGACGAGUCCCUGUUGCUGAAAGCACGCAGGUGUCUGUUACCAGGAACCCGGCCCUGCAGAUCAGCCACGGGGAGGCUGUUGCCAUGGUAACAGAACAGGAGUUAGAGGCCAUAGGGAAGACGUUAGUGGACCCCAAGCAGCCCCUGCAGGCCCGCUUCCGUGCCCUGUUUACGUUGCGGGGACUUGGUGGCCCUGAUGCUAUUGCCUGGAUCAGCCGGGGCUUUGAGGACAGCUCUGCUCUUCUGAAGCAUGAGCUAGCCUACUGCCUGGGCCAAAUGAGGGACCCACAGGCCAUCCCCGUGCUCGUAGACGUGCUGCAGGACACGAGCCAGGAACCCAUGGUGCGUCACGAGGCAGGGGAAGCCCUGGGGGCGAUUGGUAAUCCAGAAGUUCUAGGCCUCCUGAAGCAGUAUUCCACCGACCCAGUGGUUGAGGUGGCUGAGACAUGCCAGCUUGCUGUUGGGCGUCUAGAGUGGCUGCAGCAGCACCCGGGGGAGGCCGCAUGUGCAGGACCCUACCUCUCAGUGGACCCAGCGCCCCCUGCCGCAGAACAGGAUGUGGGGAAGCUGCGGGAGGCCCUGCUGGAUGAGGCGCGGCCACUCUUUGACCGCUAUCGUGCCAUGUUUGCCCUGCGCAAUGUGGGUGGCAAGGAGGCUGCCUUGGCCCUGGCUGAAGGCCUGCGGUGUGGCAGUGCACUCUUCCGCCAUGAGGUGGGCUAUGUGCUGGGUCAGCUGCAGCACGAGGCAGCCGUGUCUGAGCUGGCAGCCACGUUGGCACGGACCACUGAGAGCCCCAUGGUGCGACACGAGUGCGCAGAGGCCCUGGGUGCCAUCGCCAGGCCUGCCUGUCUGGCUGCACUGCGGGAGCACAUCACGGACCCUGAGCAAGUGGUGCGGGAGAGCUGUGAGGUGGCACUGGACAUGUAUGAAUACGAGAACGGCCAGGACUUCCAGUAUGCGGACGGGCUGGAGCGCCUGCGGCCACCACCCUAACCAGGCCCCCGCUCACCCAGAAGCACCCAGGACUCUGCCCGGCACCUGGCCACCUGCUGGGAUUCUUACCUCCUAUCCUAUGCCCCGGGGCUUCUGCCCCUGCCCUGACCUCAUGGCUGUGUGGCAGUCUGCCAGCUGUGCCUCCCAUCCCCAUUUAGGGAGCCGAGCCUGAGGGGCCUUGUUUCCCACUCUCUGUACCUGCCUUGCUGGGUGCUGGUGGGCAGUGCCACCCUGGUGCUGUCUGCUCUGGUUCUAUGUCUCCCAUGCCGUCCACACCAGGAGAGAUGGCGGGGGGGGGGGGGGGGAGUUUGCACGACUUGGGAACAGCCCAGCUCAGGAAGCUGUUGGGAAAGCUGUGGGGGCAGGGGUGUGUGGGGUGCACCUCACAUCUGGGUCAAGCAGGGAGCACAAGCCAGCCCCAGUGUGCUGCAUGAAUAAAAUUUAUUUUUCACAAGUGCUA